ACUUCUGAGGUGCUGAUCUCACUCCCGUGACGGCGUGCCCCGUGAUUGAUAGCGAAAAUGUUCAUGCUUUCCUGGCGUAUUCAAUCAUGUUUUUGUUAUUAUAAAACGCGAAAAAAACGAUUGUUUUAAAGUUUAAUCAAUAAUUAUAAUAAAAUGUAAUCAAUUAUAACAGCCAUCCUUUUUCGCCAUAAAUGAUAUAUUUUAGCAACCUUUGCAAGGCGUUUUGUCUGCGUUUGCAUAAUUGACCAAUGAUUAUCUACUCAAACCAAAAAAAUAUUUUUGAUCAGAUUGACCUAUAUAGCUGAAUCCUGAAUGUGAUAUGGUAAUAUAUCGUUUGAAGUUAGUUGUGGAAAUCUGUAGUAAAGGUGUUUGCCAGACCCGUUUUGUAUAAACCUUUACCACAGAGACGGACAAAAGGGCGAAUGUAUUGCAAUUUUGAAGCAAUGCAAAAUGGCCGACUUGCAGAAAUAUGCUGACGAUUUCCUCAGUGAAAUGAUUGACGAAGCAAUUCUUGGGACUUGUUUCGAGGUUCACAGAUCGUCACGUGUCGGUACGUUAUUCAUUGACGACGUAGAUCCUGAGGAAGAAGAGAAAUAUAAAAUCGUUGACCAACCAGGUUUCGACGUUUUCGGGGUCCCAAAAUCAGGGAGUAAAAAAACGAUUGAGUGUGAAUGUCCAAACUGCAAACGAACGUUAGCUGCAAGCAGGUUUGCUCCACAUCUUGAGAAAUGUAUGGGAAUGGGAAGAAACUCCAGCAGAAUAGCUUCACAGAGAAUUGCAAAUAGUGGGAAACUGGCUGCUGGUCUCGGCGAAUCACUGUGCAAUGAUGAUGACCCGGAGUUUGGAAGCGACGCGGACUGGUUUUUAGGGUACGAGGGGGGAAGUUCUACACGAAGAAAUUCUAAGAAACGAAAAGGUGAAAGAAUUAGUGGGUCGCCACGGAUACGUGGGCCUCUAGCGAAGACAAAAGCGCCAAAUAGUUCCCCGCGAAGCAACGGAUCCGGCGGCUCGUCUCGCUCAGGGACUGCAGAUCAUAAUGACAAUGUUCCUAUUGAUGUCGUUAAUCCUGGGGGUGCCCUAAUAGAAGGAAGAGCGACACCUACUGGCUCAGAUUCAUUGACUCCGAGUAUGAGAAAUAAAUCGCCCUUUGACCCUUCUCUCGGUACGUGGGAGCCGCAAAUCACGGAAUCGAAAACCCCAGAGAAUAUUCAUACAUCAGCCGGGGGGGUCAAGAAAAAAUCAAAAUCGACAAAACAUACGACAAAAAAAUCUAAAAAACGGCACAACUUGGCCCAAAAUUAUACUUUUUCUUAAUUUAACCUUAUUUUUAGUUCAAUCAUGAUAAAAUUUGCAUUGUGCUGAAAUAUUUUCUUUUUUUACUUAAAAAUGAGAUUUUUUUCUAAUUUAUUUUUUGCUAAACCAAAUUUUCGCUCUUGAUUUUUUCAGCUUUUCUGUUAAUCACUGAAAAUUAUCUCUCUGAUUCUGUCAGUCA